UAUUUAAAUAACUAAUUAACAAACUACUAUUUACUAAAAUGAUGUUGUUUAUGUUAUUAUUUAGCCGUCAAGGCAAAUUACGUUUACAAAAAUGGUAUAUGGCUUAUCCGGAUAAAGUAAAAAAGAAAAUUACACGUGAGUUGGUCACAACUAUAUUGGCGCGUAAGCCAAAAAUGUGCUCGUUUUUGGAAUGGAAGGAUUGUAAAAUUGUUUACAAACGUUAUGCCAGCUUAUAUUUUUGUUGUGCUAUAGAACAAAACGACAAUGAAUUGUUGACGUUAGAAAUUAUACAUCGUUACGUUGAAUUAUUGGAUAAAUAUUUUGGAAGUGUUUGCGAAUUGGAUAUAAUUUUUAAUUUUGAAAAAGCAUAUUUCAUAUUGGAUGAAUUAUUGAUCGGUGGUGAAAUACAAGAAACUUCAAAAAAGAAUGUUCUAAAGGCAAUCGCUUCGCAGGACUUGCUACAAGAGGAUUUUAAUGAGUAUUUAAAUUAAGUGUAAAAUUUUUUGUAUAAAUAAUCUUCUAGAGUAAUGUAUUAUUCAUUCAUCUUAUAACAAGUCUACGUGGGCGUAUUAUUCGUAAGUAAAGUAAUAAACAUGUGUAAUAUUACCUAAAUUCUGUUUUUUUGUUUUGCCUUUACCUUUUUUAAUGUAUAAUAUAUGAUAAAUAAAUAAUUCUGUGGCCAAAACGGAUAUCACCUUAAAUCGUAAUGAAGAAAAUUCAUUUACAUGAUAUAUUCCACUGAAAAAGAGAGCGUAUCUGAUAUAAAUAUGCGUGCAUGAAUUGUAUGACAUUUUGUUAUAAUGAUCACAUAGGUCUUUUGUACGACAAUACACAUUUCGGAGCCUAGACUAACAUCUUUGCAAGCAAAUUUCUCUUUUCUCGAUGACCGGGAAGCAUAAGGAACCGACAAGCUAGGGUCGUGCUUUGCUCGUCGAGGAUAUACUCGGGAUUCUGAUUAUCCAGUGGAUGCCAGUACCACUAACAGAGAACUUCCUUCGAAUUUUAAAUCCCCCUUAAACAUACGAGCCGAAAAUUCACAGUUUAAUUAAAUCUCCGAAAUACCGAUUGAACCCUUAUCUCCAUCAUUAAGCGCACAUUCUAUAGCAUGAGCACGUGGUUCUUGUUCCUUUUUGGAGCAGGUUUCUUGUUCUUCUUUCUUUUUUGUGCAGGUUGCUUGUUCUUCUUCCUUUUUGGUGCAGGUUUUUUUCUUCUGAAUGUUUCGCCCAAAGCUAACACCAAAAAACUAACGCUAAAAAACGUACUUACACCAAAAAACCUUCAUUCGACAGAGACAGUUAAAUGAAGUAUAAAUUGAAUUAUAAUUGAAACAGACAUAAAAUUAAAAAUGUGAAUUCAAGAGCUUUUUUUAUUUGUUAUUUAUGGUUGCACUCACAAUAUAUAAAACAAUUAUGCAAUAAUUUACAUUGCCUAACUCUUGGUGGUGCCCGAAUGGAGUCAUAAAGUGGCCAAUUAUGGGCUCAUUUGAUUUGAUUUAUUAUAAAUGCCGACGGCAAUUUUCAUUUCUCAUUUUGCAAUGAAAUGCCGACGGCAAUGAAUAUGUUUAAAACAGAUUUUUUCACUUAUAAAGCUGCAUUUAACAGAUUUUUACUUAUAAAGCUACGUUCGUGCUUUAUAUUUAGACAUACUUUCCAAAUAAAGCAGCUCUUGUGCAUUUCGGGGUAUUGCUAACGAAGCAUACCUCCUUGCUGUGAUCGAGAUCGAAUAUCUAAUUGAAUUUUUUGUCGUUUUAGCGCCAAAUUAGUCGACGGAUUCGCUUAAAUUUCCCCAUAGGCGACUUUAGGCAACUUUAGAAUUUUAGUUGUAAAUUAUCUUUACAUAGUUUCACUAAUACUAUUUAGAUGUCGCUACGCAACCUUUUUGUUUAAUUUAAAAUAAAAUGACAGAUUGCUAUAUUGUUAAAUUCCUUAAAAAAACUCCUCCACUCUCUCAAUAUUUCACAAAUAAUCAGGUAAUUUCUAGGCAAUCUACACGAAUCUGACAUGGUUCUCCCUUUGUAUUAUUUUUUUAAUGACGCUUAUGAUUUCAGUACACGAAAUAUACAAACGUUUAUGUAAUAAUUGCCUGCAAAUUUCUGGUUGUUUUCAAUGAAUUGCUCGAGAAUAUACCGCAUGUUGAGAAUAAGGAUGCCGUUAACGCAUCAAACCUUUGUAAUCAUAUGAAGGAGAAGAAGAACAAAAUUAUUCAUGUGCUCAUAGUUUCUGUUAAAACGAGCAUAGAUUCUGUUAAAAGCUGAAUAGAUUCUGUUAAAAUAUGCUUAGAUACUGUUAAAUAAUAUUGUGUGAAUACGAAUUAUUUUUAACUCAAUUCAUAUACAAUGUUACUCACAUAUUUAUUUCAAUAUUAACUAUAAACCUGAAAUGUAUGCAACCGUAAACAAUCGUUUUUGUAAUAACGCCACACAA